AUGGCGCCCAGGAUACAGACUGGACGUGUGUCCAACACCAUCCUCCCCUAUCUCUCCUCCUCCACAUCCUCCUCCUCUUCAUCAUUCUCUCCGUUAUGUCCCUCCUCACAAUCCCUUUCCCGUCAAUUCUCUGCUACGGCAGCUUCACAGACCAAGCUUCGUCGGCAAAUGUUUGAAUGGCUUAACACCGAAGGAGCUGCCUACAAGCACCACAUUCCCAAUGAAACCAAUUAUUUGAAGGGUGUUCGAGACUUUGAAGCUGGUCCGGCGAAGCCGUUCCCAAACAACCGAAAUUUCAUUAGCGAGAGUGUUCUUAGCGAAGACCUCCGCAACAAAGUUUACGAGCUAGUUGUGGAACAAAAGAAGAGUAUUCGUGCUGUCAGUGUCCAACUAGGCAUUGACAUGCGACGAGUUGGUGCUGUCGUACGAUUGGUAGAACUCGAGCGAAGACAACAAGCACAGGGUAAACCUAUGGCAAAGCCAUACGCUCGUGCCGUCCAUGAAAUGAUUCCGGUUACACAGCUCGCCGAUCCUAAUGAGCGCCAAACCUAUCACGAGCCCAUUAAUGACCUCCCUGCCCACCCUACUACCGGUGCACAGAUCUUCUACCCUGUCCCCGAAUCCCGCUCAUUUACUCGUGUUGACGCUGGUCGCGUAUUCUCUGCUGCCCCAGCCCUGGAGCACUCGCGUAAAGACGAGUUCGCUCACCCCUCCGACCUUGCCGAUGUUGUCUUCGAGAAGCCCGGCUCGAUCGAGUGGGUUGGUAAGGGCGAUAACGCACGCCAAGUGCUCCAGCCUGCGGAUGUGCGUAUUCCCCACCCGCAGCUGGUUCAACUUGAUCGCGAUCGCGCCGCAUUCCCUACCGAGCGCCGUGCUGUCGGUGAGCGUCACGCUCAGCGUCUCGAACGCCAGGAGAAGAAUGAGGAGAAGCUCCGUGAGAAGGCCCGCUCCCGUCGUGAGGACAGCAUUAAGCAUGUUGAGCCUGAAGGCGGACGCUUUGACUUCCGUAUCAAGGAUGCCGUCUUUAGCGAGCAGACUGUAGGCCAGGAUGGUCGUGCCCCCUGGGCUCCUGGUCGCCGCUAUGGUGUGCCUACCAAUGACCGCAAGCGCGGCACAGUCAAGAUUCCCACUCGUGUUGAGGCUUAA